UUGUGUAUAUAGAAGUAUUAAUGAUGUUAAUUUCAAGGGGAAGGGCUCUUGAUCCAAGGAACUCAACCUCUCCUCACCUUCCUGGAUUCAACAUCAUUGCCUUCAACUUCCCCUAGGGAUUGUGUGCCUUACAGAGGAUGCAUUCGAGAAAAUUUUUAGUCCAGGACUUGAACACCAUCAACAGGUUGAAAAAAUUCUCCGUAAGCGAUAGAGAAAUUUUGGAUAAGCGGACCAAGACUAACCCCCGAUACACUACUGUCCGCGCUCGCACAGACACUGGCUUUAACACUCAGCGGCGCCAGGAGCUGGAGCACGAGAUACGGAAAUAUUAUAAGGUAAGGAAUGAUGAAGUGUUCCGUCGCAUCUCACUGGCAGACCUAUUACAACUGAUGGUGGCGCACUCAGAACGUGUCGAUGCUGCAGUGUGCGCUGAUCGUGACGCUGAAGGUGAUAGUGUUGAGAUGCAGGUCCCACUGAAAUACAGAGACGAAGUGGAAUGCAUCAUUCAUCAGAUGGAUAAUGUUAAGAUUACAAGUAAAACAAGGAGUCCAGAAUGCCCAUAUGUAAUUAUUGACGUUCGCCCACAAAACGAGUAUCUGACUUCUCACCUUGCCACAGCUGUCAACCAUCCACAUUCCCGCCUCUCUAGAGCAGUAGGCUGGGAGUGUGCUGAGCUCCUGGCAUACAAGAACCAUCCGGAGUUUAUCAUCGUUGCAUAUGAUGAAGGGGAAGACUUGGCUCCAGAGGUAGUUGCUACUCUCCAACAUCGUGGAUACAACAACAUCUUCAUGCUCAGUGGGGGUCUUCAUCUCGCCAGAGAUAAGUUUGGCUUUCCAUUAGUCUCAGACGACUCUGCCCUCACCCUCCGUCCACAGGUCAUCAGUGCAAUAUCGCAGCAGCUGUCAGAUACCGUACUGCCACCUCUGAGCAUGGCUGAUGCUUCCGAGUGGUGGGCGGCUGCUUCCAAGCUUCCUAACGCCACCACCACUCCAACAGACUCCGGCUUUACCAACAUCACACGAUCCGUUGGUCAGCAUACAUCCAGAUCACAAGUAAAAGGCAAAGAUGGUCAACCGGUUAGACCAUGGCGAUAAUUAUUCAGUAUUUCCUUAUGAAAUCCUCAUUUAUUUUUAAUAAGUUUUACAUUUGGUAAUGGAAUAUUUUCUUUUUUUUAACUUAUAACUGUACUGUAAUAGGUGCUAAAUAGCUUUAAUAUUCUGCAUUGUAUUUCAUUCAAAUCUCUGAGUGGCCUAUAAAAUUUCAUUUGAGAAAUUUUUUUUGCCUGUGUUAUCUGCAUUACAGUCAGUGUGGUCAUGUGGGUCAUCAAGGCAUAUUUGCACUGACUGGGCAUGAGCUCGGUCACAUCUAAGAGUACCACUGAGCAAUAAAGCUAAUAAAAUUCUUGGCUUCAUAUCAAGAAGCAUUAAUAAAAGAGGUCCUAAGGUUAUACAUCAAUUUCGUACUGUAUAUAUUUGUACAUGAAUGGUAUACAACACCAACAAGAUGAAGAAUUAGACAUGUGCAGCUUCUGGGUAUUUUUACAAUAAAAAUACCCAAAUGUCGUACAUGUCUAAUACUGUAUACAUUUGGUAAGGCCUCAUUUGGGUUAUGCUUCUUAGUUCUGGUUUCCUCUUAUCGAUUUUUUUUUUAUUGUCUCUUCGUAGGCACCUUGACUGACUGCAGGCUGAUAACAGCAGUUGCCAGACUAAUCAGUCGGAAUCAUAGCCUCAGGUUAGACUGUGAGAGUAGGUAUAUUCAGAACCAGUCACAGGUAAAUCACGGAUUACCACAACACAAGCGUCCCUCCAUUGCUCUUCUGCCCUAGAUCUCUUUGCUCAAGUAUAAAGUAGAACUCCAGGCUUUUCUAGUAAGUGCUACUCUACAAGGAAAGUGCCUUUGUGUAUGAGGGUCAUUAUCCCUCAACUGUAUGCAAGAAUAUUUUAAUCCCUAAUACAUGAAUUAAAAUUUUUUUAGUGUUGCAUACACAAAUACAGUAUAUACCUGUUACUGUAUACACAGAUACAAGGUAUACCUGUUAGUGUUGUAUACACUUACAGUAUAUAUCCCUGGGUACAUACCCUGUGUAACUUUUGUUGUAAUAGUAUAUAUUUUGCAUAUUGCAUGCAGAAUACCUUCAUACUUUCUAUGAUAUAGACAAGAAGUGCUGUCAUACACUAAUAAUUUCGAGAACGUUCUACUUGAACUGCUGUGAUGAUGUACUAUGCACUAAUUUGAAGCAUAUUCAGCUUCAACUGUCAGGUUUGUGCUGUCUAGUGACUUUUGUGUUAACAUGACAGCCACUAGAAAGCUCCAUUAUUUAAGGAUGCGAUUUGUCCAUUAUUUAUUAGAAUUCUAUUUUGUGGGGAAAGUGAAAUUUUUUACCAGAUUCAUUCUCCGUGCAUCUAGACUAUCACUAGAGAGGUUCAUCAUCAGGGAUGUGAUUUGUCCAGAAUUCUGUUUUUUGGGAUAUUGAAAAGUUUUACCAAAUUCAUUCUCUAUGCAUUAGAACAGUAUUUAAAAAUGUCUAUGGGGGGGAUUAUCCCUCCUUUGACACACUUCCCUAGUUUUCAGGGUUAGUAUUGUCUUAAUUACAUUCCUGAUAUACAGUAGAUUGUAUGAUAUUCUGCUGUUUGCCUGUGUACUCCCAUAUUAGCCACUGUUAGACACCACAAAAACACAUUCUCUAAUUAUAAUAGAGGGUAGAUGUAGUUUCUGUACUUUUCCUGAUGAAUCAUUUACUCACCAUGAAAACAAAGCCAUAGUUUUGCUUGGCAUGUCUCCGAAUAAACAUCAGGAAAUCACCAAUAGCAGGCAGUCUCAGGCUAGUGAACUGCACAAACCAAGUGACAAUAACAUUGUGAUUUGUUCCUCAUUCAGCUUUGUGUAACCAAGUAAGUCAUUGAGCUCUGAUGAGCUGUUUUCAAGAGUUUUAAAGGAACAUAAGUUCUUCCUUAACAAACCACUAGGUAAUUUCAUUAAAAAAUCACUACAAGAACAACCACUGCGAAAAAAUAGUGAAUUCCAAGUGCUUUUGUGAUUUCUCUUCACAGUGGUUCUGCAUAUUGUGAUAUCACCUGUUUACUGUGAUCUUAUUGCAGCAAAUCAUUACAAGUGGGUAUCAUACUGGAUAAGUGGAAAAUAGCAAAUUUGAUACCCAUUUACAAGGUGGGAGAUAGUUUUCAAAUUAUAGACCAAUCAUCCUAAUCCCAACUGUGGGUAAGUUUAUACAAUUGGUAUAUAAUUAAGGAUGCAGUUCAAAUUGGUGUUUAGUGGAAGAAUUCCCUUGGGGUACUUUCGAAUGUGUAUAAUAUGGGAAAUUUAUAUAAACCCAGAAAAAUUUGUGAUUUGAGAAAUCAGCAUAACUAGUAACUCGGCAAAGCUUAAAAUUAUUAGAUGUACAGUAUCAUGUGAUACAAAGUCACAGUGAAAGAUAUAAUUUCCUCAAUGAAUCUCAUCUCGGUUUCAUAAAGGGUCACUUUUAACCUAUAAAAUUUCUAAUCUUUUUUUUAAUACAUGUAUUUGUUUCAGUAAGAUAUCUGAAGAGAUGAACGAUGAUAACAAUUAAUAAUUAUAAUAAUAUUGCAGCAUGAUACAAUGUUUGUACAGAAACUUUUGACAUUUACUUGUGCCUGGAGAAAGCCCUUAGUCAUGACUUCAGUAAGGUCUUAGAAUAGUUACACACAGGAGAUUGAUGACGAAAGUAGCAGUACAUGGUAUAGGAGGAUAAAUUAUCUCCUGGCUUAAGGUACAGUUGAUCAAUAGGCAACAGAGCAUUUGCUUAUCUGAGAAAUCAAGAUAAGUAAGUUUAUUUAGGUACAGAUACACAAGUACAAUUAUCACGUCUAGUAACACGUGUGAAUUUUCCAGGAUAACCUAAAAAAUUAAGGUAAUGUAACUUAUUGAUAAAAUGGAAAACAUAUUGCAGAAAUAGAGAUGAUUUUGAUUAGUUUCACAAUGAAAACGACCUUGAAAUUGGGCUCAAAGUAGCAGAAAUGUUUGAUUUUUACCAAUGUUCAAGAGUAAGCAAAUCACACCACACAUCCAAUACACACGUCAACUGGGGAGUCUAAUAUUUUUUCACUAGUGCACUGAUAUUAUUUAUAUCAUUUUUACAAUAAUGCAAUAGUCUGCAUAACAGUAAAUUUUGUAUUGUUUGUAUGAAUAAAAAAUAAAAAUAGAAAGCAAUAGUAAUAUAAGAGGUGCCUAGAGACGUGACUAAUGAACACAAGAUAUGUUAUUUUGGUGCCAAGAAUGUCUACAUUGUUUAUUCUGGACUUUAUUUUGAAAUUGGCAUCUUUUUCAAUUUGUGUGAAAUUGGCCAAAUUGCCAAUUUCUGACCACUUUAUUGGGUAGUUGAAAUUGGUAAAUGGGUGGUUUCUUGUACUCAACUGAUAGAAAAAAUGGAGUUCUAAAGAAAUAGCUAUGAGUUUGGUCAACUGGAACAACGGAAUUGGCCAAAAACAGGGCUCAAAGUCGGCAAAAUCGUCAAUGCAUAUAUGUCGCCGAGACCGCUAACUUCGCGGGAGCGUAAUUCCGUGAGUUUUCGACCAAAUUUCAUAUUUCUGGUGUCAUUACCAUCGGAAAAAGAUUAUCAUUUCAUAAGAAAUUUUUUUUUUUUUUUUUUUUAAAUUACGACAUAGAAUGACAGUUUCAGAAAGGGGCUCACGACACAGUCAAAAGGUUAAUGCAUACAAAUGUAAUGUACUAAUUCUUGGAAAAGGAAAUAGAUAUGACAUUUAUAAACUAAAUUAAAAUUACACACACAAACUAAAUAAUGUAGAUCUUACUCAGAAUGAAAGAAUGAAAGACUUGGAAAUUCUGGUCAGCAGACAUUUCACCAGCCAGUGGCUUUGUCAGUUCAAUACAGAGGUUAUAUGAAGGUGUUGAAACAGGAGACAGUGGAAGAUGAGGUAAUCAGUCCCUCAGCCUGGGCACUAGUGUUCAAUACCUUAGUCGUAGAUCAAACCUUAUGGGUUUAGCACCUCCUUAUGAAUAAAAUAAAAACAACAAUAAUAAUAAUGAUAGUAAUAUAAAAAUAAAGUAGGAAUUAUGCAAUAUAGAGUUAGCUCAGAUAUGUCAUCUUGCCAUUUUAUAUGUGCAAACACGCUGAAGAUGCUUCAUGGUCGCAUGUAAAUAAAAGUAAAUUAUUUUAGUUAACGGGCAACCACAAAUAGAUAAUAGGUUAAGUAAGGUUUGUCAGGAAACAGGACAAGUUUUUCCUGAUGUUGGUCUUCAGGUUAAAGAUAAAGAUGUUUAUUUUGACAGAUUACAUGGUUGUACAGAGGAAUAUAAUAGUUGGGUGUACAUGCCAAAAGCCCGUCCGUAUGCUGAGCAUUUUGGGCAAACUUAACCCUUUGACUGUCGCGGCUGUAUAUACACGUCUUACGAGGUACCGUGUUUGACGUAUAUAUACUCAUAAAUUCUAGCGGCUUCAAAUCAAGAAAGAAAAAGCUGGUAGGCCCACAUGUGAGAGAAUGGGUCUGUGUGGUCAGUGUGCACCACAUAAAAAAAAUCCUGGAGCACGCAGUGCAUAAUGAGAAAAAAAAAACUCCGACCGUUUUUUUUUAAUUAAAAUGCCGACUUUGUGGUCUAUUUUCGUAUAGUAUUUAUGUUUGUAUUCUCGUUUUCUUGGUCUCAUUUGAUAGAAUGGAAAACAUAUUAUGGAAAAAGAGAUGAUUUUGAAUGAUUUUACUAUAAAAAGAACCUGGAAAUGGAGCUCAAAGUAGGGGAAAUGUUUGACUUUUGCCGAUGUUCAAAAAUAAACAAAUGACAUUAUUGUCCAAUAAAUGUCCAACUAGCCAUUCUAAUAUGCAAUCAUGAAUGGGUUGAUGUUAUUUAUACAUUUAUUACAUUAUUGGAGUAGUCUGCAUAAUAGUAAAGCUUCGAUUUUUUGUUUGAAUGAAAUUUCAAAAUAAAAAGCAAGAGUAAUAUCAGAGGGGCCUGGAGACAUGACUGAUGAACAAAGAAAAUGUUAUUUUAGAGCCAGGAAUGUCUGCAUUGUUCAUUCUGGACCUUAUUUUGAAAUUGUCAUAUUUUUUAAUUUUCAUGAAAUUGGCCAAAUUGCAAAUUUCUGACCACGUUAUUGGGUAGUUGAAAUUGGUAAAUGGGCAGUUUCUUGUACUCAAUCGAUAGAUAAAACGGAGUUAAAAAGAAAUAGCUAUGAGUUUAGUCGACUGGAACAAUGGAAUUAGGCAAAAAUAGGGCUCAAAGUGGGCAAAAUCGCCGAUUUGUAAAUAUCGCCAAGGUCGCUAACUUCGCGAGAGCGUAAUUCUGUCAGUUCACCAUCAAAUUUCGUUUUUUUGGUGUCAUUACAAUCGGGAAAAGAUUCUCUAUCAUUUCAUAAGAAAAAAUAAUUUUUUUUUUUUUUUAAAUUUUGCAACACCAGGAGACACCUCAGGAUUGGGGGUUGUGACAGUCAAGGGGUUAAAGAUUAACUUAAGAUUAGUAAGGCAAUAAUACAUAGUUCAUAUGGUCAUUAAAUGUGUUAGAGUGAGUACAGUAGAAUUGUGUAUCAGGUGAUGCUACAUGGUUUUGAUAAGUCUAGUAGAGACUUAUUACACUAUUGAAUUAGUUAAUAAAGAUUACAGUGUAUUACAAUGUAACAAUUUAAAACAAUUUACAGUAUGAUGUACUGUAGUACAAUCUACUACUAUUUAAAACAAUGAACAAAUAGACAUCCCAGUUUCAAAGUAGUAAGUGGUUGAGCAUUCAUCAGCACAAUAUGAGUAGCUUUUGGGUAUGGUAUGGUUUGUCUGGUUAAUUUUAGGUGAUGAGGUUAGGUUAAUUAAGGUUUGUCAGGAAACAGGACAAAUAUUCCCUGAUGCUAGUCUUAGUUAUACGAUGACCCGCUGCUGCAACUUUUGGUCAUCUGACCAAGGCCUUCCACUGGCUUACCAGUUCACCCCUUUAAAAAUUAUGGUGAAUGUAUUCAGAUAUUUGGGAGUGGACGUGCCAGCGGAUGGGUCUAUGAAAGAUGAGGUGAAUCAUAGAAUUGAUGAGGGAAAAAGAGUGAGUGGUGCACUUAGGAGUCUGUGGAGACAAAGAACUUUGUCCUUGGAGGCAAAGAGGGGAAUGUAUGAGAGUAUAGUUUUACCAACGCUCUUAUAUGGGUGUGAAGCAUGGGUGAUGAAUGUUGCAGCGAGGAGAAGGCUGGAGGCAGUGGAGAUGUCAUGUCUGAGGGCAAUGUGUGGUGUGAAUAUAAUGCAGAGAAUUCGUAGUUUGGAAGUUAGGAGGAGGUGCGGGAUUACCAAAACUGUUGUCCAGAGGGCUGAGGAAGGGUUGUUGAGGUGGUUCGGACAUGUAGAGAGAAUGGAGCGAAAGAGAAUGACUUCAAGAGUGUAUCAGUCUGUAGUGGAAGGAAGGCGGGGUAGGGGUCGGCCUAGGAAAGGUUGGAGAGAGGGGGUAAAGGAGGUUUUGUGUGCGAGGGGCUUGGACUUCCAGCAGGUAUGCAUGAGCGUGUUUGAUAGGAGUGAAUGGAGACAAAUGGUUUUUAAUACUUGAUGUGCUGUUGGAGUGUGAGCAAAGUAACAUUUAUGAAGGGGUUCAGGGAAACCGGCAGGCCGGACUUGAGUCCUGGAGAUGGGAAGUACAGUGCCUGCACUCUGAAGGAGGGGUGUUGGACUUCCAGCAGGUAUGCAUGAGCGUGUUUGAUAGGAGUGAAUGGAGACAAAUGGUUUUUAAUACUUGAUGUGCUGUUGGAGUGUGAGCAAAGUAACAUUUAUGAAGGGGUUCAGGGAAACCGGCAGGCCGGACUUGAGUCCUGGAGAUGGGAAGUACAGUGCCUGCACUCUGAAGGAGGGGUGUUAAUGUUGCAGUUUAAAAACUGUAGUGUAAAGCACCCUUCUGGCAAGACAGUGAUGGAGUGAAUGAUGGUGAAAGUUUUUCUUUUUUGGGCCACCCUGCCUUGGUGGGAAUCGGCCAGUGUGAUGAUAAAAAAAAAAAAAAAAAUUAUAACCAUUAGGAAUUCACAAAUGGGUAAUGGCUUUAGCAACCAAUAAAACUAAUUUCCCUGAAGCACUGAGCAGAUGAUAUUCCAUAAGUUAUAGACCCUUGUGGGUUUAGUACUUAGUUUUGAUUAUAAUAAUAAUCUAUCAGUUACAAUGGUUUAUAUCAUGCCUUUGAAUACAACUAAUCUAUUAGUUAUUAUGCCAUAUUUAAAUUUGUUUGUAGUAUAUAUAUAUAUUUUAUAUUAAGAGUAAAAUUGUUGAAUUGUGAAAGUUUUUAAUUAUUGUAAGUAGAUUAUUCUGUUAAGGUUAUUAAUUAUGUAUUUGGAAAGAUUGAGAAAUACGUUUGUUAUGAAUUACUUCAUGUACACUCAUGAAUUGUGAGAGGAAUUGUUAGUUCAUGAAUAAUGACAGGGAUUGUUAGGAUUAGGAUUUGUUCAUGGAUUGUGAGAGGAAUUGUUAGGAUUGUGAUUUGUUCAUAGAGUGUGAGAGGAAUUGUUAGGAUUGUGAUUUGUUCAUAGAGUGUGAGAGGAAUUGUUAGGAUUGUGAUUUGUUCAUAGAGUGUGAGAGGAAUUGUUAGGAUUAGGAUUUGUUCAUGGAUUGUGAGAGGAAUAAUUAGGAUUGUGAUUUGUUCAUGAAUUGCUAGGAUUGUGAUUUGUUUAUAGACUUUGAAAAGAAUUGUUAAGGUUAUGUAUUGUACAUUCAUACAUUAUGAGUGAAAUUGUUAAGAGUUAUAAAUUAUUAAAUUAUUAUGAAAGAGAUUUAUUAGUUACUGUACAUAUUUAUCAUUGUUUAAACUGAUUAGUUAAAAAAUUCACUACCAAAAAUUAAAAUGCAUAUUAAAACUUAAUGAUACAGAAAUAAAGUAUUUCCCCCACAGGGAUGCGUCCCAAGACCUACCGUGGAUAUCUGAAAUCAUGGAUACCAGCAAACCCUGUUUGAAAGUCAUUUUUUAUUUACAUACCCAUGAUAAAAUUUAAUUAUACACAAUAAAAUUAAAUUAUACACAAUAAGUCAAGAAGUAUCACUUUUUCACUGAUGGGAAACACUUCACGGCUUUGAAGAACUGCCAGGUUCACUACAUUUGCACUUUUGGGCUAUUAUUAAGCAGAAUUAAGGGUUAUUUUCAGGUCAUGAUAAACUGUGGAUAACUGAAACUGCAGAAACCAAAUCCAUAGAUACAGGGGUUCUACUGUACUUAAAAAUAUGAAAAAAAAAAACUGUGAUUACAGUUGGUUACAGAAUUGUCUGUAUAGUAAUUAGUUACUAUCAUGGCCAGAUAAUGUGUGGUAAAGCGCUGGACCUGCCACUACCAGGACCGUGGUUCAAGCCUCCCAUCCAGCUUUCUGUUUAUUGCGGCAUAAUUGAAAUUAUAGAGAAUUAAAAUUAUAGAGAUGUUUAUUUUGACUACAGGUUUGAUACAUUUAUAAUGCAAAAAAUAUAUGAUACAGUUGCAUGCUCAAAAGAAAUUCAUUUAAUAUGCAGAUCAUUUCAAGCAAACUAAUCAUUACAACCAGGUAUACUCCAGGUAUACUCCAGGUAUACUCCAGGUAUACUCAUACAUCGCUUCCUUUUCCUAUAAGCCAGAUACAGUUGCUCCUCAACUUAUGAUGGUUUGACUUACAAUAUUUCAACUUUACAUUGGUACAAAAGCAAUUACUUUGGAGAUGAAACUUAAGAUAAUUACUCAGCAUGAAGGCAUAAAGUCCAUAACUUGUAUUCAUUUAUUUACUUUUCAGUAUUUUCAAAUACUGAUAGUACUGAGUUAGUUACAGUAAUUAUUUGUUUAUUUACUUAUUCAGUGACAGUAGUUAUUUAUUUACUUAUUUAUUUAGCCUAUUAUAUUCAGCUUGUGAUAUUUUCAAUUUACAAAGGGUUCGUUGGAACGUAACCCUGUUGUAAGUCAAGGAGCACUUGUAUAUUGAGCGUUUCCUGCAAAUUAUGAUAUUUGGAUCACUUGAGUCAUGUUGAAAGUUCCGGUGAUUGUGAUAGUCUUCAAGGAUUAUCUCUGUCCCCUCAAUAAGAUGUCUUAUAAUUUGUAAAACAAAAAAAAAAUCCAUUUGUUUCUGUAGAGAGAAAGAACAGACCAAAGAUAAUUGUCAGAACUUUAUUUCGCUAGUGUUAUUGAAUGCCAAAGAUGUGAACAGGCAGGGAAUGUUGCUUCUGCUGUAGAUAUCAACUUUUGAAAUGCAUUUUAUACAUACAUUCUGAAGUCAGCAUGUAUGUACGUUUCAUGAAUGGCUAAUGCUGUUAAGUAGGAAAAAUUGUACACAGUAGGCUGUCUUGCAAACCACAGUAUGUACUGUACAGUUUUUCUUUUUUAAAUGUGAUUGAAAAAGAAUACCCAUAAUUGAUAACAUGUGGAGAGACCUUCACAGUACACAUUAUUCAAUUUUGGAUACCUUUCUCAAUCAUAUUUACACAAAAAACAUAAAACAAAUGAAGCCAUGUAUAUUGGAAUACGUAUUACUAAGAAUACUAUUAUCCGUCCACUGAUUGUCUCGAAACUGUUAAUACCUGUUCUUAAACCAAAAUUGUACAAGUACUGUGGAACCCCGAAUAUCAGCCGCUGUAUUAUUUGGCCGAAUCAUAUUAAGGCCGGUUUUUGGGCGGAAAUUUUGCUCCGUAUUUUGGCCAGGGCCUCGCGUAUCAGUUGUAUUAGAUGAGUCAGCCUGCCUCCCGCUGGGGCGCCGCGCAUAGGUGAGUCGGUCUCCCUGUGUCUCUCGGUAAAUGAGCAUAUACUCCACACAUUCAUCCAAACAUUUCCUUAAAAUUCAUUGGUUUUUGUGCUUGUUUAUUAAGUGCGACUGUGAAAUAAGCCACCAUGGGCCCAAAGAAUUGAAGAGAGCAAGAGAGAUCACAAACAAUGGAAGAUGUGGAGAGAGGCAGGGAGUGUAGCAUGGAGGGAGGGGGUGUAGCAGGCAGGCAGGGAGUGUAGCAGGGAGAGAGUGAGUGUGGAAGGGAGACAGGGAGUGUAGCAGGGAAACCGGGAGUGUUGAAGAGAGGCAGGGAUUGUAGCAGGCAGGCAGGGAGUGUAGCAGGGAAACAGGGAGUGUGGAAGGGAGGCAGGGAGGGAAGUAACCCCAGAGGGGGCUUUGAUACCUGAAGUCCUUAUGGAAGGGGACAUCCCUUCCUGACAAUAAUCAGUCCUCCCUCUCUCCUCCUCCCUGUCUUCCAUAAGCCAACAAGAGUCUUCAGUAAAGGUAUGUAAUAGUGAUUAAAUGUUCAUUUAUAUAUUUUAUUUAGUUCUCGUUGUUUUGUGUAUUUAAAACUAUAAUUAUCUUUAAAAAAUGUAUUUUUGUUAAUAUUUUUGGGUGUCUGGAAUGGAUUAAUUGUGUUUUUUUUUUUUCAACAACUCGGCCGUCUCCUACCGAGGCAGGGUGACUCAAAAAAGAAAGAAAAUCUCCAAAAAAGAAAAUACUUUCAUCAUCAUUCAACACUUUUACCUCACUCACACAUAAUCACUGUUUUUGCAGAGGUGCUCAGAACACAACAGUUUAGAUGCAUAUACGUAUAAAGAUACACAACAUAUCCCUCCAAAUUGCUAAUAUCCCGAACCCCUCCUUUAGAGUGCAGGCAUUGUACUUCCCAUUUCCAGGACUCAAGUCCGGCUAUAUAAAAAUAACCGGUUUCCCUGAAUCCCUUCACUAAAUAUUACCCUGCUCACACUCCAACAGAUCGUCAGGUCCCAAAUACCAUUCAUCUCCAUUCACUCCUAUCGAACACGCUCAUGCACGCCUGCUGGAAGUCCAAGCCCCUCGCCCACAAAACCUCCCUUACCCCUUCCUUCCAACCGUUUCGAGGACGACCCCUACCCCGCUUUCCUUCUCCUACAGAUUUAAAUGCUCUCCAUGUCAUUCUACUUUGAUCCAUUCUCUCUAAAUGACUGAACUACCUCAACAACCCCUCUUCAGACCUUCACACCUUAUCCUAAUUUCCACACUCCGAAUUUUCUGCAUAAUAUUUACACCACACAUUGCCCUUAGACAGGACAUCUCCACUGCCUCCAACUGCCUCCUCGCUGCUGCAUUUACCACCCAAGCUUCACACCCAUAUAAGAGUGUUGGUACUACUAUACUUUCAUACAUUCCCUUCUUUGCUUCCAUACAUUAAUUGUAUUUACAUUAAUUCUUAUGGAAAAAUAUUGCUUUGAAUUUAGACCGACCUUCUGGAACGGAUUAUGGCUGAUAUUUGGGGUUCCACUGUAUGAGUAUGUGUAUAGGUUGCAAAUGUAUAUUGGAAUGUUACUAAGAAUACUUUUAUCCGCCCACUGGUUGUCUUUAAACUUGUAAUUGCUUUUGUUAAAUAAAUAUUUUAUGCACAAGA